AUGUGGAACCAGAGCGGCUCGCCGAACUCCAGCGCGCGCGCCCCGGGCUACGAGAACGACACCUGGCCCGAGUACCCCGUGCACCUGUUCCCAGCCCCGGUGCUGACGGGCAUCACGGUCACCUGCAUCCUCCUCUUUGUCGUUGGGAUUCUAGGCAACCUCAUGACCAUGCUGGUGGUGUCCAGGUUCCGAGACAUGCGGACUACGACCAACCUCUACCUGUCCAGCAUGGCUUUCUCCGACCUGCUGAUCUUUCUCUGCAUGCCCCUGGACCUCUUCAGGCUCUGGCAGUACCGACCCUGGAACUUCGGAGACCUCCUCUGCAAGCUCUUCCAGUUCGUCAGCGAAAGUUGCACUUACUCCACCAUCCUCAACAUCACAGCCCUGAGCGUGGAGAGGUACUUCGCCGUCUGUUUCCCCCUCAAAGCAAAAGUAGUGAUCACCAAAGGGAAAGUCAAGCUGGUCAUCCUGGUCCUCUGGGCUGUGUCCUUUGCAAGCGCGGGACCUAUUUUUGUCUUGGUUGGGGUUGAGCACGAGAAUGGAACGAACCCCUUGGACACCAACGAGUGCAGAGCUACGGAGUAUGCGAUCAAAUCAGGGCUGCUCACCAUCAUGGUCUGGACCUCCAGCGUCUUCUUUUUCCUGCCUGUGUUUUGCCUGACUGUGCUUUACAGCCUUAUUGGGAGGAAAAUCUGGAGGAGGAAGAGAAAGAACAUGGGACCACAUACCUCUAUCAGGGACAAGAACAACAAACAAACUGUGAAAAUGUUAGCUGUGGUGGUGUUUGCUUUCAUACUCUGCUGGUUGCCUUUUCAUGUAGGACGAUAUUUGUUUUCCAAAUCCUUUGAAGCCGGAUCCUUGGAGAUAGCUGUGAUCAGCCAGUACUGCAACUUGGUGUCCUUCGUCCUCUUCUACCUUAGUGCUGCCAUCAACCCUAUCCUGUACAACAUUAUGUCUAAGAAGUAUCGAGUCGCGGCUUGCAGGUUGUUUGGACUCAAAGCACUCCCAAAGAACAGAUUCUCUGUUACAAAGCAGGAACAUUCUUGUGCUUGGACAGAAUCUAAUGUGAUUACAUGACAACCUAUAUCAAGUGCUAAAGCAUCACUUACCAAUAUUACACAGAAAGCCAUAAUGAAAGAGAAAGAUAUUCAAAGCAAAAUGUAAAGCAGUAUUCCUGUUCAUCAUUGGGGCUUGCUAAAAGAUAUGAUGUAGACAGUUAAAGAUAAGAAAAAUGAGUGGAGCAUUGAGCAGAUAACGGGUGAUCCAUGCUGACAGAACUCUAGUAUUAUUUUCCUGCAGCUUUUGGUGCCUAUGAUUUUAUAUGAAAGACACUGGCAAGGGAGCUGGACUUUACCAUUAAAAAGCAGGAUGCAACCCUGUCCAUCUUACUUAUGUGACUUCAUUGGGAGCUAAGGUGAGCAGGAUUUGUCCCGUGAUAAUCUUAACAUGUCAAUGGAAUCAGGAUAGCAAUCAGAUCAACUUCAUUGAGAGUUUUGCCUAAGUAAAGAUGAGGCCCUAGAAGAAGUUUAAUUCAGCUGCCUUUUGCAGGUAAACAUUGAAUUUGUUGUGCUAUGCCAUAAUCAUGAUCAAAAGCAUUCAAGGGGAAAUGAUUUAUGAAAGAGAAAGGAAUAAAAGUGGAAAAGUUUUAAACAUGCUAAAAAUCAGUGGCCUUCAGAUCAUGUCAGAACAGAAGGGAAAUAAAAACAAUACAUUUAGGCAGAACUGCCUUACAAAGCAAUUAGAGCAGUACUGAUUUUUUUUUUAAUGUAUCAGUGUGGCAAGUA